AUGAAGGAAAGAAAAGCUAGCACGAUUUUUGAAGAAACCAGAGUAAAAAAGAGAGCAGAGACAAGCCAAGCCAAUAAAACUUUAAUAGACAGUGAAGAUGAAGAGUUUAUUGCUAAGAGCAUCGAAGAUAAGGCUACAUAUCAUGGUUUAGUCAUGUACACAAAUAGAAGAGUUAAAAAGAGAGACCUCUUAAAUAUUGCUAACUACAGACUAACAAGUAAAAACAAGAAAUUAAUCAACAGUGCCACAACUGUGUACAAUAGGUGUAUUGCCGAAAUCUUUAACUCUUUCUUUGUCAGUCAACCACAACGUCUCUUAUCAUCUAUAAAGUCUACUUUUUGUAACGAGUCUCUGCUAAACUCUAUAAAGAUAAAGAUAAUUAAAGUUUGAAAUUCCACAUAUUUCUCCAGAAAAGGUACUUCAAAUGCUAAAUUCUAUGCCAGCAAAUAAAGCAAAAGGUGCUGACGGAUUGAGUCCUAAAUUACUUAAAAUUGCUGCUCCAUCCAUAUCAAGCUCAGUUGCACAUCUCAUAAACCAUUGCAUAUCCACCAAUACCUUCCCAUCCAGAUGGAAAGUAGCCAAAGUCACCCCCAUUUUUAAGAAUCAAGGAAAUGUAGAACACAAACAAAAUUACAGACCAAUAUCUGUUCUUCCGAUCCUCUCAAAAUUAUAUGAAAGACAUCUCUACGAAAGCACUAUAUUCACACUUAUCCAGUAA